CCCACAAAGCAUAUCAAUCUUCUAUCUCACUAUCCCUUUGGAUUUAUCAGUUAAUACUAAUGUCUUCCUCCUCCCCUCUAUCUACUAGUAAUAAGAAUAUUUAGAGAGCUCACGGAGUCACAUAACUACAAAAUUUCUCAGGGAAGAAGCUACUGAGGCAAUGGUGUACUGCAGUUGAAAAGAGUGUGCCACAGUAACUAAUUAAUGGGGAUUUCUUCUCUACAAGUUUGCAUGGAUUCCUCUGACUGGUUACAGGGCACAAUUCACGAGGAGGGUGCAGCAGGUAUAGAUUCUUCUUCAUUGCCAAUAUCAGAGGACAUUCUCACAUGCUCAAGGCCAUUAAUAGUAGAAAGAAGACUAAGACCCCCACACGACUAUUCUAUCAAAUGCCCUCGCUGCGACUCUACCCACACCAAAUUCUGUUACUACAACAAUUACAGCCUUUCUCAGCCUCGCUACUUUUGCAAGACUUGCCGUAGGUACUGGACUAAAGGUGGUACUUUAAGAAACAUCCCUGUUGGUGGUGGUUGUCGCAAAAACAAAAAAGUCUCCUCCAAAAAAUCCAAUAUUGAAACAGCUAAUAACCAAAAUUCAUCUAUUAGUAAUAAUAACCCUACUGAUCUUCAGCUUUCAUUCCCAGAUCAAAUGCCGCCCUUUUCUCAUCAUCACUUCAUGAGUAGUAACAACUUUGGUCAAGGUAAUAAUUUCAUGCUUGAAAAUCCAACCGCAAUUGAUUUUAUGGAAAGCAAGUACGAAGCUUUAGUGGGGUGUACUACUUCUAGAAACCAAGAUUUUCUUGGGAAUGGCAAUGUUGGAAUGAUUAGUAGUCCUACUGGAUUUGGUCAUGAAAUUAAUAGUCACGGAAAUAUUAUUGCACCAAAUUUUGCAUUUGGAAUGACGACUAUGGAUGCUGGGAACAAUUUUGGAAUAACCGUAAUGGAUUCUUCUCAUCAUCAUCAGAGGCUAAUGCUGCCUAAUUAUGAAAAUAAUCAACAUGAGGAACAAAUUAUUAAUGCAGUUGACGUGAAGCCAAAUCCCAAGAUUUUGUCAUUGGAAUGGCAUGACCAAGUCCAAGGCUGCUCUGAUACUGGAAAAGAGUCAUUUGGCUAUUAUUCUAGUGUUGGCGGGCUAGGAUCUUGGACUGGAUUAAUGAAUGGUUAUGGAUCAUCAGCAACAAACCCUUUAGUCUAAAAACCAAAUGAAUUCACUUUAAUUAGUGACUACUUGUGAAUUAGGGUUUCAUCGAUUAAUUAUGCCCUGUGGUAUCGUGAAGUAUUACUAUUUGAGCAUCUAAUUAGUGUGAAAGGCGUUUGCUAUCUCAGCUUUUCCCAAUGCGAGGGACUUUUCGGACUUCAAUUAACGUAAUUAACAAGCUGAGUAUGAACGGGAUAAUAUUGUAAGAGUCCAGAUUAUAAUUACUCCGACUUUCUUUUA